UGUUCGCCGAGCUGGCAAGAGUCGGUGGGAAACAGCGUCGCGUGAUUAUAGAAACUUCGAGGACUCUCUGGAGAAUUCUGACUGCUUUAAAAAAUUUGGAGCUAUUUAAAAUAACCGGAAGAUCCACCUGGAGAUUUGUCCAAAAUUAAAGACCUUUUUCAUGGACCCGACUUGACAUUUGAAUCUGCGAAAGAUUCCGUUUUCUAGAGUGCGAAGAUAAUCAGAAGUGACCGUAAACACCUGGGAAAGUUUUGAAUAUUCUUUGGAGGGAUCACAGUUUUCAUAUUUGUGAUAUUUUGGAAAAUCCUGGAUACUUGCCUACAGCGCGAGGAGGAUAAGAAAUAGCCAUACAGGCUUGAAAAAAAUUAGACACCUGGACGGUCUAGUUUAGAAAUCCGAAUCCACUGAAUCUUUCACUUGAAAUUUAAAGAAGGUCAAGAAUAACUGAAGCCCAUCUCGCUUAGAAGGUUUCCGACAGCAGUUUGGAAGACUCUGAGAUUCCCCUGGACUCUCAUCUGGAGUACGAGGAAGAUCAGCCGUUCGACCGACGCGGAGCGGAAGUACCGUUGUCUCUGGUCGUACUGGAGACUCGCGGAUGAACGGCCUUGACGGCGCGAGCCUCAGCGAGUCUCGACUGGUCCGAACUAGGACAGCGAAGCGUGUGCACCGAUACAUGGACGGGAGGAUCGAACGAAAUCUGCAUCUUCUUCCAGAACGGAGAGGACUUCCCUGAACGGCGACCGGUCGUCCUGAGGCUUUUGGUUUUACGACGUUACGCGGCAGCAGCGAAAUCCGGUUUUGCAUGGGUGUAUAUCAGGAGACCGGCAAGCCUCCACCUCCUAAUGUCACCCCGAAGAUGGCCAGGGAUCGUGCCGGGUCGGACUACUCAGGCCACAUGAGCGACACCACCACGUGCAGCUGCGUCGCGAGCUCCAUCGACAAGUGCUCGUUACGCGGCUGCGGCAUGUUCCAAGAGCCGUUCUUUCUGCAUCCGCCGGGCUCUCGGCCGCGGGACGGUAUCUACAUAAAUCCCAUGAGUGCGUACAUCGGCGAGCCGCCCAAGCCCAAGGACACGGCCGAGUCCUUCUACCUGCACAGCCCGCACGAUCUCGUCUAUACCAGGAUCACGCGGCUGUUCGGCGACGCCGAGAAGCCGCGGAACGGCGUCGCGGCGGAGCAGCGCCAUACGCCGGAGAGGAAGGACGAGACUCUGACUGUGAAAGUGGACGUGCACAUCAACAACGGCGGCGGAUUCGUCGGCCGGCCGCAUACCGGCAACGGACAUGCGGCGCGCUCCGAGAUCGCGAGGGAGUCCUCGGAUCAUGCUUAUGAGCAGAUCUGCGUGAGACAGGAAGAAACGAGCAGCGUGAGUUCGUCGUCGCGCAAGAAGCCGGCGGACAAUGCCUCCGACAGCAGUCGUUCUCGCAAAACCGACAGGCGAUACAGUCGAUCCAGCAGCGCCAGCGAAUCGUCGAACAUGAGCAGCGAGGUCCACGGUCUCUCCUCGACGACGUCCACUCCGUCCUUAUCGCGGCACAGUAGCAGCGAACGGAUCGGCAAGCCGGGAAUCAAGACGAAUGCGGAAGCACACGAGAGGAAGGACUCGUCCGGCGCGCAGGUGGAAAGUGAAAAGGAGAUCCGUACAAAUGGCAACGGCGGACCUAGUCUCUUGAAACCACCGCCACCGCCACCGCCGCCGCCGCCGGACGACGACGUAGUGGUCGUCCUGGUGAACGCAAAGCCGAACGCAGACGCCGACAAGAAAGAUGCGCGAGGAAACAGCCAGGACGUGAGGACCGAGUCUUUUGCGGCCAACAAGUCCGACGCAUCAUCCUCCGGCGAGCAUCCGCAACAGCCGGAAGUGCCGGCUCCCGCCAGUGCGCCGGCGGACGCGGACGAAAUUAAAGCGAGCCAGGCAUCCCACCUGGUAAACAGGCACAUGGUGCUGCCGUUCAUACCGCCAAAGUUCGCCAACGCGGACUCCAACACCCUGCUCAAGCCAUCGGAGUACCUGAAGAGUAUCUGCAAGGUAUCAGCUAAAAACAGCCUGUCGAAGGCGAGGUCAGUGGACAACUUGGACAUUCAUAGCCGGAAUACGGAGCAGGGUGAGGAGGAGGAGGAGGAGGAGGAGGAGGCGGACGAGGAGGAGGGGGCGCGAAGGAGCAGCGAGGAGGCCAAGGGGUCUCCUACGGGCCCCCCGCCACCGCCCCUGUCUCCCUUGCAGCAACGUGCACGGGGAGGGAAUCAGGCCCCAGGUAACGCCGGCGCCGGCAACGAGACCGAAAGCUCCAAGAGCUCCCCGCAACAACCCUUGGCCACAAUCAGCAUCCAGGACCUCACAAGUAUCCAGCUACGACGGACCAGCACGAAGAUGAACGCCACCAAGACGUUCUCCGCUCCGCCUCCUCGCAGCGUGUCCAUGACUAACGUCUCGGAGCCAUUCUUCGUGCAAAAGACGGACCUAAUCGCCGAAUUGAAGCGCACAAAGGAUAUACCUGGUAUCAAAAAGCUAAAGGUGGAGAGGGCGCAGGUCGAGAAGACUCAGGAGCAGACCCUCAUGUCGGAAAUUAGCAAAGCGUUCAGCGUUACGAAUUUCGUUGAUCAAAUUCCCGAAAAGGACAGCUCGGGAAACGUAAUACCAAUCUGGAAGCGACAGAUGCUGGCGCGAAAAGCCGCCGAACGAGCGAAAAAGGAACUCGAGGAGCAAAUAGCGCGAGAAAACGAGGAGAGGCGGCAGAAAGCGAUUCCGCCAUGGAAGCGACAGCUUCUCGCUAAGAAGGACAACGAAGAAAAGAGACUGAAUCCGACGCAGGUAACCGCGUCGACGAGCACAACGACAAUGAAAUUCGAGGCAACGUCGGUAAACCCGAAGAGGGAUGCUUCGCCGGCGGCGCCGUCGUGCGUCAUCAAGAAGGAAGAUAAACCCGAGGUCGAUGAGAAGCGGGAUGAUCCUGCCAAGGACGACUCCGACGACGGUCAGAUUAUACCUUGGCGGGCGCAAUUAAGGAAGACCAACAGCAAGCUUAAUAUCCUCGAUUAAUCUUGCGAAUGCCUUUUCUGUUUGUCGUAAGAAACGCGUGUGAUGUGAGUAUUGUGUUUAAUCGUUAAACGCGCGGAUUUAUGUACCAUGAAAUCUUUCCAAAAAUAACGGGACUUGCGCAAUAUGGAAAGAGUCUGUGUGAAUGUGAGAAAGAAAUAUAUGCUGGUAGUCGAGAUAAUAAAUGAACGUAUAAGAUGGUAUCACGGAAUUACACAACACGAAGCGUGUUCGAUAACUCGUAAGACUAGCACGUACUGUACAGAUGAUCUAAGAUGAAAUCGAAAAAAUACUUUAUACGUUUCGUCGCAGAACCUCCUCGUUUAUAAUUAACUCUGUAAUAUCAAACAUAUACAUAUGCAUAUCUUGAUAUUUAUUUUUAUGGAAACUAUCUUGAAACGGAGUGGAAUUUAAUAGUUAUUUCAUGGUUCCAAGAACUCAAAUAAAUGGGAACUCACAAGUAAUUCGUCCGUUUUACUUAAAAUAACGGAGGAUGAGAACAAUCUUUCGAAAAUACGAUUGCUGAAAUAUUUGUUCGUAAAAAAAUAUAUACCGUAAUCGUUUCGUGAAGUUCGUCAAACGGAGACGAAAAUAGAUCGGAACUGCGUAAUUCAAGUUAAUUAUCAUGCGUCUUGAAUUGUAUAGCACGUUGCGAUAUAUGUACAUACGAAUAAGUUUUACAAUUCGUUUGCAUUGUAAAGCUUGAGAUAGCCUAUUGCCGUUUAUCUCAAUUUCAGUUUCAUCACUUUUAACUUUAUCGCUAUUGAAAAAGAAAAAGAAAAUCUGUUCCUCACUUUAAUUACUUUCUCCGAUUAUUUCCACUGGACUCAACGGAAAUAUCGUUCUCCGUUCAUUUCAAUUCGGUUACUUCAACGGACAAUCUAGCAUUUAAUCGCGCAAAGUGUCCGAAGAGACAGUUGGCGAUUCUAGGCCUAAUUAAUCGUGUCAGAGAGAAUCAUCAGCAGCGUGGCGAAUAUGCUUGGUAACUACCCAAUUACAGUCAUUAGAACGCUGAAGCGACAGAUCAGCGAAUUAAUGCUGACGUUGAUUAAUAACUACAACGUCACGAUAACGCCUGGCGCGUUACAACAUAUAUCGCUCGGACAACAGUUAUCUUCCGCCUCUUUCGCGAAGAUUUAUCUCUUCGUGAAAUAACGGAGCAAGGAACGAAUGCGAGAUAUUUUGUGCGUGGAAUUAUACUAACCCCUUAACUGCGAUAUCACUGAGCGCGAAUCCACGAUAUAUCUAAGAAAAAUUGUA